AUGGAAGCCCCAUGGUUCAAGCCCUUGAAUGUGGAGGAUCGGGAAGAGGUUUAUGAUGAAUUGGAUGAUUAUUAUCCAUUUGAUGAUGAGGAGGAGGACUUGCAUGAAGUUUACUUGAGUCACUCGUCAAGUCUUCGCAUUGGUAAUCGGAGAUGGGGGGAUAAUGGAUAUGUGAGGGCAGGAAGACAAGAAGUAAGGCCAGUCUAUCGGCCAAAUGCACAAGCUUCAGGCGCCGGCCCGUCACAAGAGCCUAGGAAAAAAGAAGCUGCCCCAAACGAGGCUGCAGUGGGGAAAAGGGGAAAGAGGGCGCUGAAGCACAAGCUGCCGGUAAGACAGAUGCUUCAAAAUACCAGCGGCAUCUGCUGA